GAGCCGAGCCGAGCCGAGCUCAGUCCCGUUCCUCCCGCUCCCGCCGCCGCCGGUGUUCAAAGCGCAAUUUGUCUGGGCCGGACCAAUCGCCCGCUGCCCUGAGGCGCAGCCAAUGGCUGCCGCGGCCGCCGAGGCCCGGCCAAUAGGAGCGCCGCCCGCGGCCCGCCGGCCAAUGGAUGCGCGUUAUUCUAAUAGCCCUCGUCUUUAUCAGAGAAAUGUUGGCGCUGCCCAAGCUCAAGUUGAGGGUCCGGGCCGGAGGCGCUGCGAGGUCACCGGGCGCUUCCCGGACUGCCCGCGGCCCCGGCCCGCGCCGGGAUCCCAGUGCCAGCCAGGCGCCCACGGGCCAGGGCGGGCUCUGGGGCUCUGUAGCCCCCGGGCCAUUGGUAAUGGGCCAGCCAUCGCACCUCCGGGGUUCCGGGCUCUGAGGGCCGCCUCGGUGCUAGAGCCAUGGAUGCCAACCUGCCAGGCACCUUUCUGCUCAACGGCUCCUCGCUGGGCCCCUUUCCCGAGGCCAAGGCGCCUGUUUGCCAGUACUCAGUGCAGAGCUCCUUCUACAAGCUGGGACCCCCCGGGCUGGGUGCCCAGCUGGCUGCUGGCACCCCCCACGGCAUCUCCGACAUCCUCGGCCGGCCCGCGGCGACACCGAACAGCAGUCUCCUCCCUGGCUACCCCCACGCGGGCGGAUUUAACGGACUGAGCUCCCCGGGCGUCUAUUACGGGCCCCAGGUGGGCGCUCUCCCCAAGGCUGGUGGCGAGUACCUGCCGCGGGGCCGGAGCUGCUGGGCGGAGGCGGCCCCGGAGUGGCGGGGCGGCCGGCAGUGCGGCGGCCCCCCUGCUCACUUGGCUGACAGCAUCCACAAGAAGAAGCACACGCGCCCGACCUUCACGGGACACCAGAUCUUUGCUCUGGAGAAGACUUUUGAGCAGACCAAGUACCUGGCGGGUCCGGAAAGAGCACGGCUGGCCUAUUCUCUUGGCAUGACUGAGUCUCAGGUGAAGGUCUGGUUCCAGAACCGACGGACCAAAUGGAGGAAGAAGAGUGCCCUGGAGCCCUCCUCAUCCUCGCACCGGGCGGGGGGCUCUGGCGGAGAGCGGGCGGCCUCUGAGACCGAGGAUGAUGAGUACAACAAGCCCCUGGACCCAGACUCAGAUGAUGAGAAGAUCCGGCUGCUGCUGAGGAAGCACCGUGCGGCCUUCUCGAUGCUGGGCUUGGGCACGCACAGUGGCUGAGCACAGCCUGCCCCUCUGGGCGAGGAGAUGGCUGGCCUAGUCACCUGCAUCCUGCCAGGGGGUGACUCCCAUCACCAGCAGGUGCCUGGCUGUUGGGAUGGGGUGGCUGACAGCUGGAUGGGGAGCAUGGCUUGCAGGGCUGGGAGCAGCACACGUGGUAGUGUCAGGUGCAGCCGUGUUAUCGGCAUUGAUGAAAUAAAGGUCCCAGUCAAGUCCCGGCACUUGUUUCAUGGGCAUGUGGUCAAGGGUGGCCUUGUGAGGCUGGGCCAGAGAAGGGGUGGGGUUAGGAUGUACGGGGCAGGGUCUGCAUGCCAGGCAGGGGAAGGGUCCAUGGUGUGGAGCAGGAAGUUCCCACAAAAGCAGGGGCACCCUGGAGAUUUUCCCAGAGUUUUCUCUGAUUUGGGCGUGUACCAGCAGCAAGAGCUGCUGGUUCAAAAGUCACCCAUUGGGGCCUCUUAUUGGAAGCUCUUAGCAGCAAAUAAAUACCAUUUAUCUUAACAGUGUGAGUGAGAGCCCAUUCACCUGUCAGGGCUGCAGGAUUGAUGUGGCAUCAAUAGCCCCAGUGUGUUUGCCUGCCAACCUGAGCAGGUCCCCCCUGCUCUUUGCUGCACCCCUGUGCAAUGGGGGCUGCACACACAGACGUGUGCGUGCACAUGGGUGUGCACACCCCCUGUUCUGGCUCCCCAUGGCUCACCAGUGGCAUGCCAGCUGUGGGUGCUGUGCAGGGCCAGCUGUCCUUACCUGCUUAGGACGCCACAGACACUCCAGCUGGCACAGGCACAGUGCUGAAGGCCAGGCAAGCUUGGCAGCUGUUCAGCCAAGAGCCAACUAAGUGCCAGCUAGGUGUGAGCAAACAUGUGGGCUGUGUCUUGGAAGGAAAUCGAUAGCAGAUAAGGUGCUGCUGGCCUAUCAGGCACUGAUUAGCAGCAUGGCACAGGCACGGAAGGGGUAGGAAUGGGGCUGGUGGAGGGAUGCCUUUCCCUGCAAUUGCAGGCAGUACCUGCAAUGGGCUGGUGGCCGAGUCCACGCCUGGAACAGCUGAAGCUCUCAACCACUGGCACCUUUCAGUGGCCAAGAGCACUAGCCUUGUGUGGGGCUGCAGAUCAUCACUGUACAACCUGCCACGGCCCACACUUGGCUUAAAGCUCUUUCCAGUCUCUCACUGGGCUGUGGCCACUUUGCAAAGAGACCUGACUACUCGAUGCCACAUUUCCAGAGCUUAGGGGACUACUGUCCCCACAUAGGUCCCUUUCCUUUCCAACCCCUGCAGUGAGCAUGAGGUUUGUAAUACUCUCUCCUCAUCCAUGCACCCCUUCCACUGCCUCCAUGGGACGGAUGCUGGGCCAGGACAGAGCUAAUGGACCCUUUGCAAGGAUGUGGGAUGGCAGAUCCCAUGGGAGCAGGGUGCUCAGGGCUGGUGGCAGGGCUGGAGGAGACAUAUCACUGUCUGUGGACAGAGCCAGUGCUCAGCAGGAGCAGGUUCCACAUGGUGGGAGAAGUGAGGGGCUGCUGGUGGGAUAUUUUUUUAACAUUUUCUAAGCUGCCCAGCUUGGCUGACAAUUUUUAAUGUACUAACUGCCUGGUCCAGUGAGCUGAUUAAUUGGUGCUGUGGAGAUCAAUACAAAACAGAAAAUUAAAACAAUUUUAAAGUGAUUAAGUAGUUUAACACCUGUCUGAUGCCACGUCAGGGCUGGGAGACAAAUAAAGCAGGUGGCAAAGGGCCUGCUGUAGCCAGGGAUAGUGACAAAUGGCUGCUGCAGCCUGGCUGCCCCAUGCAUCCCCACAUUGAGACAGGGCCCCAAACAGUGCUGAUCCAUGCAGGGCCCCAGCCCCGCAGCCAGGACUGACCCCCUCUCCUGCCGAUGCUGCCCACUGUAGCUCCCACUUUCCCACUUGCUGCUGCAUCGAGGUGGUGCCCUGUCAGUGCUGGGGGUCUCAACAGCAGCACCAGCUCUGCCCACCCUGUGCCUGCUGCCAGGCAGGCUCAGGCUGCGUGGGCAGAGGCAGGAGCCAGCUGCGCCGGGGGUGUGAGCACAGGCAGGCCAGCCUGGCAGGCAGAUGGAUAGCAGCUCUGCUUCAAUUCUGCAUCCCUUUUCUCCCAGACAAACCCCGUCGGAUUUUCAUAAAUCAAAGCGCCACACUGUUUAAUAAAAAUUUAUUGACUUACAA